UCUCCCAUUUUUGGCCAAAUCCCUGUUGACGAACUCCUCAGGCCUCAGACAUGCCAUCGCCUACAUUUGCUGGAAAAGCUAUUGUCUCAGCAAUUUGGUUUGAGCUGCUCUGCGCAGUGAUCAUUUUGCGUCCACUUUCGUGCUGAAGCCUGCAAUGAAUCGAGUGCCAGUGAAAAGUUGGCAGAGUUAUGACGGUAGAGUCUAGACGAAGGUCGUGGCGAUUAACAUCAAGUAAUAUCAUCGAAUCGAAUGCGGUGUACCAACAACUCGAUGUUCGUGUCGUGGGAGAGCAUAUAAAGGCUAUUUCCGCUGUGAGCCUAGAGUCCCAUGAACCUGUACCUACACUUCGACAACCUCCCAGCUUUCAACUGCUAUGUCCUCCCGCCCUAAUCAACUCCGUUCACUGGCACACCAUAAUGGAUAGCGAAACACGACUAAGGGAAGCUCGGGCAAUCGUGGAACAGCUUCGAUCCUUGCCUAGACAAAAUCGCGAACGUUACAUAUCACGCCUCGUUGAGAAUGCCCUUGCUUCUCACAACACAAGAAGGAUAUUACUGUCGCUGCGUGGUGGAACGGCAGCGCAAAUCAUGCAGGGGAUGCUUCAGGUCCUUGAGGGUGGCUCACUGGCAUUGAUGUCAGAGCGCUUUCUGCUUCGUAGACUACUGCUGAAUUUGUCGCGACUCUCAGGAACACUCCCGCCUUCCCUUUUCAUUAACGAUGUUCACUGUCCAGACAUACAUGCUACCACAGGUGGCGGCUUUGCGGAUAUCUUCCGUGCCACGUACCGGAACGCGCCUGUAGCAAUGAAACGGAUCCGUGUGUUUCGAAACGACGAGGACUAUGAGCGCAAGUAUACUGGUCUGUGCCGUGAAGCCUUAGUUUGGCAGAUCAUGAAACACCGCCACAUACUUCCAUUCCUCGGGGUCGAUCGCAACACCUUUCGUCCCCAUUAUUGCCUCGUGUCUCCCUGGGCGGAACUUGGAAACAUCAACGAAUGCAUGAAAUGGUUAAUCAAACAGGGAAAAAAUAUUCCUGCAAAGCGAUGGCUGCAUGAGAUAGCUCUAGGUUUACAGUAUCUGCACGAAGAAAAAAUUAUCCAUGGCGAUCUACGAGGGGCAAAUAUCUUGAUACAUGACCCCGAUGACCUUGAAGUUCAACUUGCAGACUUUGGCUUGGUUCAAUUUGCAGACCCUAAGUCUGAAUCGACGACGCAGGCGAUGUCUGGCGGAACAGUACGCUGGAUGGCACCGGAGAUCCUAGACGGUUCAAAGCCCACGUUUGCUGGCGAUAUCUAUGCCUUUGGAUGUGUAUGGUUGGAGCUUUCCACGCGACAACCACCAUUCGCUCAUCUUCUUAUCGCAUCGCAAGUUAUCAUGCAGGUUGCUAAGGGCACACUUCCUCCGUGGCCUACUAAAGGAAUCGUAACUUCGGAGCUCCGUGGAGAAGAGUGGAAUUUCAUCCAAGACUGUUGGCACGGUGAUCCCCUAAAACGGCCCAACGCAGACUACCUCGUGAAUACUAUCCUCGAUCUUGUUCUUUUUCCUCGCCCGCCUGUCGAUGUGGAGCAGGAGUACAUCGAACCUGAGAAGCAAGUUGAAGAUGAGCAUUACCCCUUGGCGAUGAUAGAUCGUAGUGUCGAUCUUCUAUAUUGUCUGGGAGAUGCCAGUUCAAGUUCUGAACCUUCCGAAGCUUCGCAUUCUGAGGACUCUACGCGUCGUACCCCUUCGCGAACACCUCAGGAGAAGGAUUCUCAUUGCAACGAAUGCGCUGAGCCGUCUGAGUUGGCAAGCUCAAAUUGAACAUAGACCCUUCAGUCGGAUGUUCUCGCUCCGGUUGAGACAACUAUGUCAGUUUACCUUGGUCUACCUAUCGU